GCUUAUGCAGCAAUAACUCCGCCAGGAGAAGCCAGAGUAGACUGGAAAAUAAUACGUGCCAUCAGCGAAGUUGCGGGGAAAACUUUGCCGUACAGUGAUCUCACUCAAAUGAGAGCACGAAUGUUUGAGAUUGCGCCUCACCUUAUUCGGAUCGGCAGCGUUGAGGAGUGCUCGUUCCAAGAACAAGCACUAAAACUGGCUGAGCCUGCAAACGUGAAUGUAUUGCUGAAGCCCAGAUUGCUCGAAUUGGGUGACUUUUGGAUGACAAAUUCAGUUACUCGUGCAUCAAAAACCAUGGCUGAGUGUAUCCGGGCCUACCAGCAGUACAAAGAAGACCCUCAUCCUGCAAACGUGAAUGUAUUGCUGAAGCCCAAAUUGCUCGAAUUGGGUGACUUUUGGAUGACAAAUUCAGUUACUCGUGCAUCAAAAACCAUGGCUGAGUGUAUCCGGGCCUACCAGCAGUACAAAGAAGACCCUCAUGUAGAAGAAUCGAGAUUUAUCCAUAUGUGA